UUUGGGAGGGCAGUCCUAAAUUCAAACGAGCUCCGCAUUUUCUUCUUUUAACGCACGCCUCGUUUCAGCUGCGCCACUCCGCUAUCGAGCUUCUGCCCGAGAGGAUGAGCACGAACACACACUCACACACACACACACACACACACACACACACACACACACACACACACGGGGCGACGCUAGAAGAAAGAAAGUAACCGCGUUGAGUUUGAGGAAAUAUGGUGUUUCUCGGUGGGAAUGAUGGACGCAGUAGACUCCAUUGAUCCGUACAGCCGACCUGCGCGCAGGACACAAUGGGUGGUCAGCACUCUGGCUUACCAUUACGGACUGGACCGGGGAGUGGAGAACGAGAUCAUAGUUCUGGCUACCGGCUUGGACCAGUACCUACAGGAGAUCUUCCAUCAUAUGGACUAUCAAGGCGGGGGAAAGAUCCCCGUCGAGGACUUCAACAUCUUGUGUGACGUCCUGGGACUGAACAAAGACUCGGAGGACACCGAAUGCACCGGCGUUCUGGACAACUUGCCCGGCGAGCUCACCUUCAGACACUUCCACGCCAAGCUGUGCGGCUACUUCAGCACCAAGGCGGGGCGCCAGUACGAGAACGGCCGGCUGCUGGUCGGGAAGGACAGCGAGCACAUAGAGACUCAGAUCCGCCUGCGGAGCCCCUUGAGGCGGCGGGGGAGGCUGCCGUCCGUGGGCGCGAGCGGCGACCCCUGCCCCUCCGCCGCCGCCGCGGGGGGGCGGCACGCCUCCGGCUGCAGGCUCGGGUCCUGCACCAAGGAGUGCUACGAGGAGAUAGUGGCGCUAGAGGAGGCCGAGGACCGGGUCGCGAAGCUGGAGGACGAGAACGCGAGUUUGCGCGAGCUCAUCGAGGACAUGCGCGCCGCACUUCAGAGCAGCGACGCCCGCUGUUUGGCUCUGCAGGUAGGACUAUGGAAAAGCCACUCCAAGCAUAAACCAGAGGAGGGCUGCCUCGCCGCCCACCAGAAACAAUCGGCCCAGAAGAGUUUGAGCAACCUGAAGAGCCUGCAGAGCAUCAUCCACGAGAUAGAGCUGCUGCGGAGCUCCAGAGACCUCCAGGUAGAGGAGGCCAUGCUGUGUAACGAGAGACUGGAGCAGGAGCUGUGGACCUCUAAAGAGACCGUGGUUGCCCUGGAGGACUGCAACCGAGCCCUGAAGAGGGAGCAGGUGGGCAUGAGGAGGAAGGUGGAGGAGGCCCGGCAGGCGCUGCUCAGCGGCCUGGGUAAGGUGAAGGAACUGGAGGCCAAGGCCAGCCAUGUGCCGAUGCUGCAGAGGCAUGUCCUCCAGCUGGAAUCAGAGCUCCUCUACUACAGGUCGGAGGUGUCAAAACUACAACUCCCAAGCAGCACCGGGGCGGAGCAGCCGCCUGGCGUUAGCAGCAGGCCGGGCCAGAGAUGUUGCUCGGACUCCCAUCACGACCGAUGUUCUCCGACGGGGCGUGCCGUGACGACGCCGGAUAAAAUGGAGGAGCAGCUGUUUCGUUCGGUGGAGGGCCAGGCGGCGUCUGACGAGGAAGACGAUAAGUGGACCGAAGAUCAGCAGCGGCAGGUGGACGAGGUGAAGAGGAUCUUGACGAGGCUGUCCUGCUGCGGGGAAAGGUGCGACGACAAGGCGUUCAAGAAGCUGAUGUCCAGUUAUGGGAGCUCGAGGAGCGAGGAGAGCUGCAGCGCUGUGUUGGAGCUCCUGGAGAGAGUGACCAGGUUGCAUAAGCAGCUGGAGCUGAAGGAGAGCCAUGCGGAGAUGGACAUGGACCAGAUGAAGGACUCUCUGGUGCAGGAGCUGCAUCAGAAGGCCGAGGAGACCGAGCUGCUUCAGAUGGAGCUGCAGAUGCUGGAGACAGAGAGGGUUCGUCUGUCGCUGGUGGAGGAGAAACUUGCCGACAUCCUGCAGCUCCUCCAGCAGCUCAGGGACCUGAACGUCUCGCGGCGGUCCCUCGGGAAAAUCUUGCUCAGCACUUUGGGGUCCUGCAGCGACCCACAACAUGGGAAAGCCCACAUUCUGGAGGUGCUCAACGCUCUCUAUCAUGAACUGGCCGCCUGCGAGAUCCUGUCCACUGGUGGACCUUUGGAGCGAACACAGAGUCAGCGGUCUGUCAACGCCCUCUUCAUCUCCUGCUAAUCAAGACCGCCUCCUGCUGGGCCAGCGACGCUCCAACAGCCUCUCUAGAGGUCAACAAACAAGCUGAUUAAUGUGUAUAGUGUAUUAUAUUGUAGCUUAUAUACUCCUCAGACCCGACUAUCUAUAAAGGGAUAUUAGUCUAGAAGUUGUAUAGCAAAGGGCUUUAUUACAUAUUAACGUAAUUCCUGCAUAGACAUGUAUUUUCAAGACCUUUUAAUUGCACUUAAGUCUUUUUAUACGGAAGCCCUGAGAGGGAAGUGAGAGAAUAAAAACGUACGUGAUCCAUUUCUUAAAUCUGAUCUAAAUUGUAUUCUCUCUUGUGUUCGUGACUUAU